AUGCUGUUAUUAGCUUUAGGUGAUGCACAUAUACCAGAUAGAGCAAUUGAUAUUCCACUAAAAUUCAAAAAACUACUAAGUAUACCUGACAAGAUUGCACAUGUUGCUAUACUUGGGAAUAGCACACGAUCUUCAGAAUUUCUCGAUUUUGCAAGGCUAGUUUCAAGUAAUAUCACCAUUGUACGUGGCGAACUGGAUAAUGCUACCAUACGAGAUGUGACCGACGAAGGCAGUAAAGCAGAAGUAACACUACCUGUCAAUGCAAUAAUAAAACAAGGACAGUUCAAAAUUGGUUGCUGUAGUGGGUAUAAUGUAGUACCGAAGAACGAUCCGCUUGCCCUUCUAGCACUAGCACGUCAAUUAGAUGUCGAUAUAUUGCUAUGGGGAGGCACCCAUAAUGUGGAGGCUUAUACACUAGAAGAUAAGUUUUUUGUUAAUCCUGGUAGUUGUACAGGUGCUUUAACAACAGAUUGGCCAGUCACUUCCACUUUAGCUCAGCCAUCUUCAGACAAGGCUUCUUUAAAGGAAACUGAAAAACUAGGCAAGGAGAAAGAAGAUCCACAACCUGACACAUCUGAUAAAGACAUGGAGGAAAGUGAGGAAAAAUCAACAAAAACAGGACAGGAAGAAGAGAGAGAACUUGAGGAAGAAGACAUAGAAAUUUCAGAAUUUGAUUUGACCGGAUCUAAUGUUCCAAGUUUCUGUCUGUUGGAUAUACAAGGCAAUACAUGUACGCUGUACAUCUACAUGUACAUUGAUAAUGAAGUCAAAGUCGAUAAAGUGGUAUACGAAAAGUGA